AUGGGUUUGACGGGACCGCAAUCUGAAGAUUCUGGGUUGACUCACAGUCAAGCACGAGAAAGUAUGGUUGCCGCUGCCGGCAGCUGGGACGCCCACAUGUACGACCAAUCGGGCACUUUACUUGAUCAUCACCAGCGGGACAACGGGGCAAGGCGGGGCUUCGUUCGAAGAACGACUUGCCGACAGUGGGGAACUGGGAAUGAAGAAGCAGACUUUCACGGUGUACGAGCUGAACGAGUUCGACCGGGACAGUCCCACGUUCUUGGAAUUGAGCAGACAGUCCGUCAACAGAACGGAUCCGGUGACCGGAGAACACGUCAAGGCUCUUGGCGACUAGGUCCCUUUCACCAACAAGCUGUACGAUUCGUCGUUGCGGACGAGGCUGGGCAUCACGACGGGAAUCUGCCUGCACAUGAAACAGUAUCAGGAAAGGGGGGCUCUCGAACUACACAGCUUGCCAUUCUUCACACCCGAUCACUACGAGACCAUCAUGAGCUGGUACUUGGGCGACAUGGGCCACAUCAGCGGCAUGUUGCGAUCCCGUUUCCAAAUGCAACUCCACAGUUGGACUGGGUGAUCAGGCGUCCAGAAUGUAGAACGUUGGAUGUUGGAGGGCUGUUGGGUGCUGAUGAAUUGAACUGUGGGGUGGGACGGGGACUCGGGGCGCAGGGGCCGUUCAUCAACUUCCAGGACACGCUGAUGGGCGUCACGGGAGGCACGGGGUUCUUCGCGGAGGCGAGAGGAGUGGUGCGACUGCAUCCCAUCACGCCCUUCAAGUUCAUGUACACGUUCACGCUGACGGGCAUCCCCAAGCUGCCGGAAGUGCUGACCAAGGAGCUGGUGGUGCCCGGGUUCGGAGUGGAAGCGCACGCGGACGCUGUGCAGGGCAAGCCGGAGAGCACGCUGGCCAACUUCACCAACUGAUGAUUGAGGGGCAGGCUGGGCGAGAGGAAAGCGUGGAGUGAGGGCAGCGACGUGGAAGAUGAGAGCCCAUGGGGCUGGUGGAGGAUGC